CUAUUCUGCGGCGUUACAAUUUCCGCAAGCACUACCAAACACAAACACACUCCUUUUCCUUCUCCCAGCUCAACACAGUUUUCCCUGAGAGUCGGUCGAGAUGAAGAAAGAUUUUGAGAUUGCGGGAUUCUUAAUCCUGCCCUUGCGAUUCCCCUCCACGCCAGCAUACGCAAAACCUGCAACCCAUUACCUCUAUCUCCGAGCCCACGAGCCUCGCAUCCCCGACGCCGACACCCCGCGCUCCAUGUUCGUUGUCAACAUCCCCGCGGACACGACCGAAGCCCAUCUGCGCCACCUCUUCGGCAUGCAACUAUCCGCCGGCCGCGUGGAACGGGUCGAAUUCGAAGCCCUCCAGAGCACGAAAAAGAGCGCCGCCCCGCAGGCCAACAUCGCCAUGAGCAAGAAGCGCAAGCGUGUCACGGCCGAUGAACUCCAAGCCCAAUUGGACGAUGUCGAGCUCCCCUCCACCUGGGACCGACGUCUCCAGAAGAGCGGCGCUCGCGCUGUCGUCGUCUUCGCGGACAAGCCCAGCAUGGAAGCGAGUCUGAAAGCGGCGCGCAAGGCCGCGAAAAAGGAAACCAAGAUUGUCUGGGGCGAGGGAGUGGAGGACCGUCUACCCUCUCUUGGGCUGCAGCGGUAUCUGAACCAUGAGCAGCUGAGAUAUCCGGAUCGGGCGGAGUUGCUGCGCACGGUCAAUGAUUAUAUGACGGUGUUUUCGCAGGUCGCGGAGGCGAGGAGGCGCGAGGAGGCGCGCAAGGCACAGGAGCCGGACGAGGAUGGCUUCAUCACUGUGACAUCUGGGCCGAAGUUGGCUGCUGCGGCUCAUGAGGAUGAGGCUAGGGAGUUGAUCGAGAAGCAGAAGCAGAAGUCUCAGGGCUUGGAGGACUUCUACCGGUUCCAGUCCCGUGAGAAGCGUAAGGAGAAGCAGAACCAACUGCUCAAGAAGUUUGAUGAUGAUAGGAGGAAGUUGGCGGAUAUGAAGAAGCGGAAGGGAAAGAUUGCGCCCGAGUGAUGCGUUCGUUCCUAUUGUUUGGCAUUGGGUCGUUUAGCAUGGCGUUUGGGAGGGUCGUCCAAAAAGUACUUGAUUCGAUAGAGGACUGGUUUGGGGUUGCUGGACGGUGUGAGUGUCGAAGCUUUCUUUUCUCCUCCUCGUUCCCCCCCCUCCCUCAUAUAUCUGCAUCUGAUGAGUCCGCUGGGGCCAGAGUAGCAAGACUCAGCCGUCGGUUGAUGUCAUGCUGUGUCUACAAAAACCAGCUUCAAUCCAAUCUUCUCACCUCUCUGAAGCAUCUUCUUUUACGAUCUGUUUACUUGGUAGUAUUCUCGUUGCGAUGCUGACUUGGUGGCCUAGGUACAUCUUUGCUUCUUGUAGACUAUAGAUAUCUAACAUGAUUUAUCAUGCCG